GUUGCAGUGAUCAACUUGGGAAGUUACAUUGUAUUGAUAAACAGGGUCCUAAUCUCUACACUGACUUCAAGAACUUGCACAGCGUUACAGCAUCAUCGUCAGUAGAAGGAACAUAGUUUCAGUUAAAGGCCUUGAGAGAUCUACCUGUCCUAUAGCUUUGAUGCGGCUGGGUUCAACCCAGCUCCACCAUCGGACUUCAAAUUAAUGGCAUUUGGGACGUCAUACAUACGCCUCCUAUGUACUCCUCAUUAAUCUUUGUUGCAACAACCAUCGUUCUGAGUUCUAGCAAGUCGUUCCUCUCGAAGGUGUGCACUUUCAUCUCAUAUCCCUGCGUAUCUUGAAGGUAACACGUCCCUACAUACCUUGAAUGUAGAACAAACCAACAGGAGAGGAGUAAGAGGAUUCUCUCACGCUGCCAGGAGGGAGGAAGGACAGUCUGCACUGAUAAUAUACCAACCGUGAACAUUCUGGAACGAUCUUGUCUGCUCAGAUUCUGCGUAAGUAGGUUACAGUAACUGUAACUAAACAGAAACGGCUUUUUUACACCUCAAAAGGUCACAACAAGGCUUUCUUGCUUGGACCUCUCAGAAUGGCGACUGCCCUCUCCUCUGUCCUUCACUUGACGUUUAUCCUCUUGGUGGUUGUUCAACUCGGCUGUUGUGUCUUGGACGAUGCGAGAUUACGCGAGAGGAGAUUGGCGGACAGCUCAAAGCCGAGCUCGAAGGAGAAGAGCAACGGUACUUUAUCGGACCAAGGGAAGCCGUCAGCAAGGGAAGCUGCAAUUCAAAGGAUACUUAAUGACCAUGACCCAAAAAUCCCGCCUGAUUUUGAAAAAGACUUCCCCACAGAGGUCACGGUACAAGUAUUUAUCGUCAGCUUUGACUCUAUCAGCGAGGCAACAAUGGAUUACUCUGUCAGUAUUUUCCUGCGACAGACGUGGGUGGACCAGCGCAUGACUUACAACAAGCUCCCUGGAGUGGAUAUGUUAGAGCUUGAUACUCGAGUCAUGGGAGAGGUUUGGGUGCCCGAUUUAUUUUUCACAAACGAGAAGAGAGCAUCUUUCCAUGAGGUGACAGUGCCCAACAAGCUCAUGCAUGUCUACCCAAAUGGCAACAUUCUUUACAGUUCACGGAACACACUUUUGAAGCAUGCAUGUACAGGCCAUCAACAACAUUACUCUAGUGAAGCCUGUCCAGAACAUCCUUUUCUAGCUGUUUCCAUGAUGUCCCCGCUUUUUCAAUUUCCGCUUGUACCGCUCGCCUCCAUGUCAUCUGUGGUCUUUCCUUCUUACGUUUUCCUAGUGGGUUCCACGUUAAAUAAUCAGUGUCAUGAACUCAUUGCAGACAGCUACUCCACCAAGAACGUGAUCUUUCGAUGGCACGACACGCCGAUCAUCACACGCGAUCACCUCAAGCUGCCUCAGUUCCAAUUCGACGACACACAAAAUGUGGACUGCACCAAAGAAUACAAAGAGACUGGUGGUAGUAACUACACGUGCAUCCGUGCAGACUUUUACCUGUCGAGGAGCUAUGGCUACUACGUGGCCCAGGUGUACAUUCCCAGCGUGCUAAUCGUGUCCCUGUCCUGGGUGUCCUUCUGGCUGGACAUCGAGGCCGUCCCCGCCCGGAUCUCUCUCGGACUCCUUACAGUACUCACCAUGACCACACAGAGCGCCAACGCGCGUGCACACCUGCCCAGAGUCUCUUACAUCAAGGCCAUCGACGUGUGGAUGGCGACCUGCCUGUUCUUCGUGUUUGCCGCCCUCAUCGAGUUCGCUUACGUCAACGUGAACUCUCGAGUGGAGAAACGGCGAACUAACCAGAGUAUGAUACAGGCCCAGGGUGGACUGAAACUGACGGGAGGAGGAGGAGGGAAGGGCAACGGCUACAAUUCAGAAACUGAUGAUUCUGAGGCGAAACCCAAAAGGCUGUUCUCCAAGACAACUAUAGGUCGAGCGAAAGCACGCCGACUGGACAAACUUUCCCGCUACAUUUUUCCAGCUGUGUUUGCCGCCUUCAACAUCUUCUACUGGCUUUUCUACAUGUUCUGGGAACCAGAAGUAGAGCGCUACGACUGAUCCUGAACGCAACACUCUUUUAGAAUAGUCAGGGAACCUACCCAUGCAGAACCUUUCUGUACAGUUUGCUCAUACACAGUGUUACGUAACUCAAAGUUGUCUUAUCGUUUGGCCUUACGAGAUUAUAAACACAUCUUCUUCAGUUUCACAACACAAAAUGAGGCACGUAUAAUUAAAGUUUGCGUUUUAAUGCCAUGCUAGAGCGAAGUAUUUUGGUUUUCGACUGUGAACCUAGAAAAGGAUUGAUUUUGAGAAACAAAAGUGUGAAUAUGACACCGGCCUUACUUGUUGCCUUGAAACAGGACGUCAUUUUUUGAGUGGCGGUCGGAAUGGUAAUGCCUGAGAUUUCUGAUGUUCCCCUUCCAGCUGUUGUGGCUUUAUAUAAGCGACAACUCUUGCAAUUUUGCUUUAAGAAUUUAACCUGUGUUCCUCCACCCCUACGCCUAGUGCAACACACUCACAAACACACACAAAUACACACACAUACAAAAACACACAAACACAUACGCAAAAAAAUACACAUGCACACACACAAACAAUUGAAAAAUAUA